AUGAAUAGUAUCCUCCCGCCCCACAGCAAAAUUGCCUACAACGCAAAAGAGGCUAUACAAGAAUGCAUCUCUGAACUGAUUAGCUACAUGACUGUAGAAGCUAAUGCAAAAUGUCAUCAAGAUUGCCGAAGAAUAAUAACUGCGGAAGAUGUGAGUGAUGGCUUAUCAUCGCUGAACUUUACCAACUACAUUGGCCCCCUGUCACUCUAUCUCGACAGGUACCGCUCUUCUACUAGCUGUAGUUCGAGCCAAUUCCCUUAUACGGCGCCACUUCCACUGCCAAUUAAUUUCUCGGCCGGACCUCUCCAAAUUCCGGGAACUGAUGAAUAUGAUAGAGGCGAAGAGGAUGUAGAAGAAAAGCAAGGUUAA